GGGCAGGCGGCGGCCCGGCAUGGGCGAUGGCUCCGGUCCUGCUGCAGCUGGCGGUGCUGGGCGCGGCGCUGGCGGCCGCAGCCCUGGUACUGAUUUCCAUUGUUGCAUUUAUAACUGCUGCAAAAAUACCACCACUUCAUCAACAUGAAGAAGAGAAGUUCUUCUUAAAUGCCAAAGGCCAGAAGGAAAUUUUACCCAGCAUAUGGGACUCACCUACCAAACAACUUUCUGUUGUUGUGCCUUCAUACAAUGAAGAAGAAAGGUUGCCUGUGAUGAUGGAUGAAGCUCUGGGCUAUCUAGAGAAGAGACAGAAACAAGAUCCUACAUUCACUUAUGAGGUGAUAAUAGUUGAUGAUGGCAGUAAAGACCAGACUUCAAAGGUAGCUUUUAAAUAUUGCCAGAAAUAUGGAAGUGACAAAGUACGAGUGAUAACACUGGUGAGGAAUCGUGGGAAAGGCGGAGCUGUUAGGAUGGGUAUAUUCAGUUCUCGAGGACAAAAGAUCCUUAUGGCAGAUGCUGAUGGAGCCACAAAGUUUCCAGAUAUUGAGAAAUUAGAAAAGGGACUAAAUGAUCUACAGCCUUGGCCUAAUCAAAUGGCUAUUGCAUGUGGAUCUCGAGCUCAUUUGGAAAAAGAAUCAAUUGCUCAGCGUUCUUACUUCCGUACUCUUCUCAUGUAUGGGUUCCACUUCCUGGUGUGGUUCCUUUGUGUCAAAGGAAUCAGGGACACACAGUGUGGGUUCAAAUUAUUAACUCGAGAAGCAGCUUCACAGACGUUUUCAUCUCUACACAUUGAACGAUGGGCAUUUGAUGUAGAACUGCUCUACAUAGCACAGUUCUUUAAAAUUCCAAUAGCAGAAGUUGCUGUCAACUGGACUGAAAUCGAAGGUUCUAAAUUAGUUCCAUUUUGGAGCUGGCUACAAAUGGGCAAGGACCUGCUCUUUAUACGACUUCGAUAUUUGACUGGUGCCUGGAGGCUUCAGCCAACUAGGAAAAUGAAUUAGGUUGUUUGCAGUCUUUGAUUGUAUUCUUAUACAACAGUGUCACAUUAUUUCAUUUGGAAUUAAAAUCUUAAAUA